CUGGACGACUUAUGCGUCCGGUUCAUCAUCAACCUUCCGCAGGAGGACCUGUCCUCGGUUGCUCGACUAUGUUUCCAAGUUGAAGAGGCACAAUGGUUCUACGAAGAUUUCAUCCGUCCCCUCGAUCCGACCCUCCCGUCCAUGACUCUGCGCACUUUUUGCCUGCGAAUCUUCCAACACUGUCCGUUGCUAGCUUCCUUCUCCGUCGAGAACCAUAUCAAGGCAUUUGAAGAGUUUCUGCAGUACAAGACUCGAGUGCCCGUUCGUGGCGCUAUUAUGCUCAACCAUGAGAUGGACUCGGUUGUCCUUGUCAAGGGCUGGAAGAAGGGGGCUAGCUGGAGUUUUCCUCGUGGCAAAAUCAACAAGGACGAAGACGAUCUGGACUGUGCGGUGAGGGAGGUCUACGAAGAGACUGGCCUGGAUCUCCGAGAAGCAGGGCUGGUGCCAACCGAGGCGAAGCCAAAAUACAUCGAGAUCCCCAUGAGAGAGCAGCAUCUCCGACUCUACGUCUUCCGAGAUGUUCCCAUGGACACGGUUUUCCAACCUCGAACGAGGAAAGAAAUCAGCAAGAUUGAAUGGUAUAAGCUGUCUGAUCUACCUACUCUUCGGAAAAAAGGUCCCCAAAACAACAACCAUCAAUAUGACUCCAGUCCUGGGACCAAUGCCAACAAGUUCUACAUGGUUGCACCCUUCCUGGUCCCCCUGAAGAAGUGGAUUGUUUCCCAGAAAAAGAUUGACGAAAAGAGGUCAUUCAGUGGAGGUAUCCAGGCCAAUCCUGCCCACCACCAUCAUCAUCACCAUCGGAUGGCCAUCGAAGAAGACCCCACCGAGGAUGAGGCGUGGGUGCCCAAUGUGGACGCCCCAGCGCCGGCCAUUGAAUCCCUGGAUGGAGCCACUCGAGAAUUACAGCGCCUGUUGAAUUUGCAGCCAUCGGUUCAACCACCGGUUCCAGUAGCUGAGGCGGUUCAGCCUGCAUUCCAGCCUGCGCAAGCCCCCCCUGCAGCCGCUCCAAAGGACAAAGGCAGUGCUUUGCUCUCUCUUCUCCAGUCCUCGAGUUCUGCACCCCAGCACGUGCCCCAAGCACCCCCCCAGCAUGUGCCUCAAGCACCCUCCCAGCUGCCUGAUUUGCUGUCAGCUCUGAUGCCGGCUGCACCAAGACAGCCUCAGAACCCGCAACACAAUAUCAACGCUGGGCCUCAAGCUGUGCCUCAAGCUGUGCCUCAGGCCAUGCCCACCUUCCACCAGCAGCUCCCAAACUUUGCUGUACCUCCUAACCAAACCUCUGCCGCAUGGAAUAUUCUGCAGAACAGGAAUGAGGGCCAGGUUAGCGGUACACCACCUAACCACCCUGCCUAUCCAGGAUAUGCCAUCACGACACAGCAGACUUAUACUGCUAGCUCUACUGUCAAGGCCAACCCACUGCAGCCGCUUCAAAUCCUUCAAAGAGGACAGUCCAUCCAACAGACUCAGCAAAUCAGCCCUCCAGAGCCUCCCAAAGCCAAUCUUGCUCCAUACGCUGGACCCUACGACCAACCAGGACAGCUCCGUCCCGGGCAAAUUGUUCAACCAUCUCCUUCUACCCUGCCGAUCCCUCUGAGUUCGUCAUCUGCAGCAAACAACUACAACUACAGGCCCGAAGUGUCACAAGAGCAGAAGAGACAGCUUCUCUCUCUCUUUGGAACACCGAACAAAGCUGCGACAAACGCCCCGCCCGAGCCUGCUGUCCAGACUGGACCAUCUGCGACCGGGCUAUCCAUGCCCCGUGCUGCGCCGCCGGUAUCAGGAGCUGCUCAAGGACCCGGAGGUCUCCGUAAUGCACCACCAUCUCGCAAUAGCAAUAUGACGCCGAUAUCGCAGGCCGACCAGAGCUUUUUGCUAGACUACCUGCAAUCUAUUACGAAG